UUCGGUUUGCACAUCCCAAGGUGAAGCAGGCACCGGCCUGGGCUCCUUCCCAUCGAUCCCGCACACGAACUCCACCGCCGCCAUCCAUUGAGCCGCACACAGCGACAUAUCCACCAACAUGUACGCACCACAGUAUCCCACGCCACCCCCGGGCUACAACAUGCCCUACGACCAUUUCCGCACGACACCGCCCAUGUCGCCCGGCCCCGGUAACAGCUACUACUCGCCGCGACACGCGCCCCAGAUGGCGACCCCACGAGCGAGUCCCAAGGUUGCGGCCCACUCUCGACGGGCAUCGCACGCCGUACCCCCCAACUACUCGUACGCCGCCACACCUCGUGGAGGGGCCAUGCCUCAGUAUGGCGCUGCAGACCCGCGCACAUACGCGACGCCGAGAGGCACCCCUGAAUAUGUAAGUUAUUUCGGUUACAAUAUUCCAAGUCGGCAACGCCGCGACACAGACGUCCCGCCUCUCAAGCGCAGCAAUCGCGAGAGGAAGCGUCGAGCGUCGCAGUCGGCACGUCACGUCUACACCAAAGUUGUCUACGACGACCGAGGCCACGGCUACGAGCGCGAUUACGACGUCUACGACUAUCCACCACCGCCAUACGAGCAGUAUGCGCGCCACGACAUGUACGGGAGGGAUGCUGAUCACUAUUACUAUGAUCAGGUCCCUAUUUAUGAUCCAGAGCCAAAGGCAACCAGCCGUCCACGACGCGCCUCCGCAGCAACCAGCCGACAGCCAGCCGCCUCUCCCAAGAAGCCCGCCCCCGCAGCUGCCCCCAAGACCAGCCCUAAGGCCACCGAAGAAGACGCGCGACGCGCUGGCAUUCCCGCCGGCUACUCGUACAAGAACUGGGACCCCACAGAAGAACCCAUCAUGCUCCUAGGAUCCGUUUUCGACGCCAACUCCCUCGGCAAGUGGAUCUAUGACUGGACUGUCUUCCACUACGGCCCCGCAACCCCUCUUGCCGAGAUGGCAGGCGAGCUGUGGCUCCUGCUCAUCCAACUCGCCGGCAAAGUGAAGAGGGCUGACGAGACUAUGCCCAAGAUUCGCAAGAAGGAGAACCACGAGAUGGUUGAAGACUUCCUCGAGAGCGGCGAACGCCUCUGGGUCCGCUUUGCCAAGCUCCUCAAGGUCUGCGAGGACUACAUGUGGAAGGCCGCUAAGAAGGAGAGCGGCAAAGAGAAGCCCGUUUCCAUGGGCAAGAACAGCGGCAAGGAGUUUGUCGAGUCCAUCUUCGGUCGUGACCGAGAACUAGAGAAGACCGAGAAGCUCAUGACUGGAAUGCGUCUCUGGUCCAUGCGCUUUGAUGCCAACUGCGAGGACAUCCUACGAUACCCAUCUGCUUAGGAUCCCCUUCCUUUCAUACCUCGACGCUUUGGCGCUGGCGUUUUCUGUCUCGGUAUACCCUUUCCCUUACCGUCAUUGCUUUGCGCAUUAUUCGAUGUUACCGCGAGAUACCCUUUCUUGCAUUUCGUAAUUGUUAAUCUUGCUGCAUCUUGUCACGUUCACAACAAUGUACAACACUACCGGGUUUCUCACGCAUUGGGCGGGUCACAGGAAAAAGUCUGC